CGCUCCCUGCGCCGACUUCAUAGACCCUUCACUCGUCUCCACACCCCUCCCCCAUGUUCCCAGCAAGGCCACAGCACAACCAACACAGUGACUAUGACUGAGACUGAACCACGAAGCGCCAGUCACAACGGCGACUUGGUCGCCGAGCGGAACGUUACCAAAUACAACUUAGCAGAGACCCCGAGGCCCGACACUCGCAGUGCGGAGACACCAGGACACGGCAUCGCCACGCUCCAACAGGCCGAACGCACAGUAAUACCUGCGACACCAACCCAAGUUCAGCCCACAACGGACAACAUCCCACCGCCGUACUCGGAAGACAGGCACUCCGUGGCAGCGCCAAACAUCACCGAAGAAGCGUUCAUCCAGCGCAUUGCCGAUCUCCAGGCCGAUGCGGUCCGCGCCAAUCGCGCAGUUGAGGAGGCACGAGAAGCGGCCGAGAUGGCGCAGAUUGCUGCUGCCGAGGCGGUGACGCGCUUGGCGGCGCUGGAGCGACGGGAGGAAGCCCGCUUGGCGUUGGCUGUUUUUGAGCGUCGGGAGGAGCUUCGUAGUCAUCGCAAGAGCCGGUGGCAGUUCUGGAGGGGACGGCAUUGA